GCGACGUUCACUGGUGACUGGACGCGAAAUCGAAGUGACCUCACGCACUCGAAGGAAGGGCGGCCCGCUGAGUAUCUCACGGGAAUCCGAUGUUACUCCAAGGCCCGGUCUCCCUCUUGACAAGACAGCGUGGUCCCGAGCUUCGAGCCUGCGUACCGAUGCACACUUCUGAUCCCUCAAUGAUGUCUUCCACGUAGUCUCGGCCGCCCAAGGCUUUCCCGAGCAUAUAAAGCAUGGUCACGUCGACGAGAUCCUUUCCAUCCGCAUCCCUCUGGCGCCAUGCGGAGUGCACAUAUCCUCGGGUUCCUAUGCUUGGGACCGUCUGUCGCGUUGGCGAGCUACUCUUUUGACGAUGAGUUUGCCGACCUUGGGAUCUCGCUGCACUCACGCGCCGAGAAUGUUGAUGGCUCCCUUCCUGUAUACAAGGACCCUACCGCGGACAUCGAAGCUCGCGUUGAGGAUCUUCUUCCACGUAUGACCAUCAAGGAGAAGGUCUCACAACUUAUUCAGGGUGAUAUGAACGGGUGGAUGAACUUCUCCGACCCCUUGGACAACACACUUGUGCACAAUGAGACGGGCGUGGCAGAGAUGCUGGACGCAAAGGGUGGGAUGAUAUGGGUUGGAUACCAGACGCCGUACGACAAGUUCGUCUAUGGUGUCGAGAUUGGGCAGCGCUAUCUGAUGGAAAACACGACUCUCGGUAUCCCGGCACUUGUGCAGUCAGAAGGUCUGCACGGCUUCACGAAUAACGGCACGAUCUUCCCCUCGCCGAUCGGCCUUGCCGCGACCUUCAACACCUCUUUGAUCUCCGCGAUUGCGAAGGUUAUCGCUGACGAAUCCGAGCCCUUGGGUAUCAACCACAUCUUCGCGCCUGUCCUCGACCUUGCCCGCGAGCUUCGUUGGGGCCGCGUCGAGGAAGGCUUUGGCGAGGAUCCCUUCCUGACCGGAGAGCUCGGUGCUGCCUUCGUGGAAGGGCUGCAAAGUGGACGCCGUCAGAAUGCGAGCGACACCGCUGUAGCUCGCGUUGCAGCUACGUGCAAGCAUUUCGCGGCCUUUGGAUCGCCUCAGGGUGGACUCAACAUCGCUCCAGUCACCGGUGGCGAGCGCGAGCUUCGAACCAUGUAUCUGCGUCCUUUCAAACGUGCCUGCUUGGACGCUCUGUCCUUUAUGACUGCGUACUCAAGUUACGAUGGCGUGCCGACGGCUGCUGACCCGCACAUCCUCAUAGAGAUCUUGCGCGAAGAAUGGGGCUAUCCGUACUUCGUCGUCUCCGACGCUGGAUCAGUUGACCUCCAGAUUACUACGCACGGUACCUGCGAAGACCGGGCUUGCGCGGCGCGGAACGUUCUCGUAGACGGACGCAGCGGCGAGAUGGGUGGCGGAACCUACACGUUUUUUACCUUGGAAGACCAGGUGAAGAACGGCACAGUCGCAGAGAGCGAUCUCGACGAGGUCGUGCGUACACUGCUUAGAACCAAGUUUGCCCUCGGAUUAUUCGAGAAUCCAUACCCCUACAAGGACUACACGUCGCAGAUUCGUACAGAAGAGACGCUGGAAGUGCUUCACCAAGCUGACCUCGAAAGCAUCGUGCUUCUCGAGAACCGCAACGAUGUAUUGCCGCUAGAUGCGGGCUCGCUGGGCUCCAUCGCCCUCAUCGGGCCUCAGGCAGGGCGUGUUUCGAUGGGCGACUACGUGUUCCUCAAUGCCUCCGACAACGGUAUCACGCCUGUCGACGGGUUCAAACAAUAUCUCGAAGGCGUUGGGUCCCAAACAAUUGUGAACUACGCAGAGGGUUGCAAACUCUGGUCGAAUGACGAGUCCGGGUUUGACGAGGCGGUCGCUGCUGCGGAGGCUUCCGAUGUCGCAAUCGUGAUGGUCGGCACCUGGACACUCGACCAGACGAACCUCUGGACACCGGGCACGAACGCAACAACCGGCGAGCACGUCGACAUCUCUUCCCUUGCCCUCGUCGGUGCCCAACUCCGCCUCGCACAAGCCAUCCACGCCACCGGCGUUCCCACCAUUGUCGUCCUCGUCAGCGGCAAGCCCGUCGCGGAACCCUGGAUUCAAGCCGAGCCCGCUGCGGUCCUGCAGCAAUUCUACCCCGGCGAGCUUGGCGGGCUCGCCCUAGCGGAGAUUAUCUUUGGGGAGUACUCGCCCUCGGGGAAGCUUCCGGUGUCGUACCCGCGGAGCGUGGGCACGGCACCGGCGUUUUAUAAUUAUUUGAAGGGCGCGAGGCCCAUAGAUGCGGGCAGUGUGCUGGAAGAUGGCACGCUGAUGUUUGGGCAUCAGUAUGUGCUAGAUUCGCCCGUGCCGUUGUGGUCGUUCGGUCAUGGUCUAAGUUAUACGACCUUCAAUUACACGGACCUCGUCGUUCCCAGUACCAUCGGCACCGCGGACGAUUUCGAGGUCGAGGUCACCAUGCAUAACACAGGCACUCGCGACGCAGCGGAGACCGUGCAAGUCUACAUGACGGACGUCUUCAGCUCUGUGAUGACGCCGAAUCAGGAGCUCGUUGGCUUUGCGAAAGUGUUCCUUCCCGCCGGAUCGUCGCGGACGAUCACGAUUCCCGUUCACAACGACCAGCUAGCGGUCUGGAGUGCACGGGGGACCUGGGUGGUUGAGCCUGGGGCAUUCACGAUUAAGAUUGGGACGAGUGAGGAGGCCUACCUGAGUACCACCUUGACGGUCGUUGCUUGAUGGGAUGUAUGUAGGUGGCUGACCGGAGGCCUCGGAGGGCCGGCGCCGGGAAUGGAACGAACGAUGCGUGACGUCACAGUUCGUGUUCGACUCAGGUGACGAGGCGCCGAGGCCCGUGUUCAACGCUUCAGAGGCCCUUGCAUUUAUUCAAUACCUGAACUUCAGGAUACUGGUCCUCACAGGCUGUCUCUCGACGAUGCGCGCUCUUCUGACGGCGCCGCUUUCAUGUAAUCGGAAUGCUUCCGUACGACAAGAAAAAGUCGGCGCUCCCCUCUUUUUUGCCCUCACCUCAUCAUGAGCCCCAAGGAUCGCAAGCGCGCCGCGUCGG